UCCUUCCUCUGCGGCCGUCCCGGCCGGCGGCGCAGGCCGGGGGCGGUACCGGCGCCUGCUCCACCUCCGGCCCCAGCGGCGACGUUCCAGCUGCCGUCCCGCUUGCUGCCCGAACCCUUAACGAGAACGCUGCCGCCAACGACGACGUCACCUCCCCUUCCGCCGAACCCGCAGUUCCAGGCUACGUUUCUGCAGCCGUCUAGACUCCGGCCACCAUCUGAAAAUGCGUUACCAUCCCAGAAUCUGAACUGCACAUCGCAUGCUACGCUGGAAGUCCGACCGCGAAUUACGUCCUCACCUACAGCAAUCAAAGACAGUAAACCAGCUCCGUCCGUAGUAUCGUUCCGCCAGCUGUAUACUCCCCAGAAAUUUUCCCUUCCAAAUGAUAUCAAGAAAGAAACAAGCGACCACAACUGCACUUCAGAGACGACUCUUAAAGUAGCUUCUCCAUCGACUUUAUCGUCGUCAUUCAGCCGAGUACCACCACCUUCUCCAGUAAGAACCUCUUCUUUUCUGGAGCGAAGGCCUGCACCUGCCACUCACGACCCUACCAACUGCUCCUCGCAGACCACAACGAGUUCAAUAACCACCACUCCUUCGCCCAGUAGCGUCUUCGCCGAACCGUCACCACAGCCAUCGGUGACCUUCGAGUUGGCCAGACUUGCCGCACUGCCCAACCAUCCACCCGGCUGCACCUGCGGUGCCGACCACAGCGCCGGAUCCAGUGUCGAUGCGACCUUCGUCAGCCCAGAGAAAGUCGCAGCGCCCCAGCGCUUCCACAUCACAGUGAAGCCUACUGCUGCUACAACUACUACCACUACUACUACGACUACUACCACUACGCAGAGGCCGACGACUCAGCGUCCCUCUCCACGCGCACUGGAGCCACUGGCUGCAGCCCCAGAGCCUGCAGUGGUCGCGCCGCCCAAGCCCUCCUGGUCAGAGGCGGACAGCUGCAGCCACGCCUUCCACAGCUUCCUCUGCAAGAAGCCCCAGGCAGCGUCGAGCAGGAGGAAGGUGUUACCCACCCAGCCCAUAGAGGGGGACAGUUCCUUCAUAAGCGCCGCCAGUCUGCCGGCGCCACUGAAAGCAACACCGCCGCCAUUAGUGACCACACGAGGGGAACCCAAGCGUCAGCCCCAUAGAUCUACCACUACGACGACGACUCCCAGCACGACCAGGGCGUCAACCACAACAGCCCCUCCGACGAGGAAGCCGCUCACAACGCAGCCACCAGCUACGACCCCAAAACCUACAACAGUGGUGAGUGGUCCUGUGAUCGAGCCCCAGGCAGCACAGGAUGCCCCAGCAGUGGCAGUACCACGGCCCAGUGACGACGCUGGCCACCACCACCACCACCAUGAGGGCAGGGAUCUCUGCAGCGACCCCUUCCACAGCUUCCUGUGCCAGAAGGUUGACACCAGCAAACGACGGAGGGUCUAUGGUCGGCUUCCGCAACCGCCACUCCUUCCAGCCGGAUCGUCACCAGACAGAGCGCGGGCGGAUGGACUUUCAUUCGUGGGAGACAGUACAUUCGUCAAGGCUACUGCCAUCCCACCUCCGGGAAACUUCGUCUCCUCCAGCAGUAUUUCUACUCCAGCAGCUAGACAGUCGUUCACAUCGAGUGUCGCACCAUUGACAACUUCUCCUCCUCAACAACGAAGGAAACCCACACUCUCUAUACAGAAUGAAUACUCACAAUUUCCUCAGCAUCAAACAGCUUUUCAAAGACUUCCAACGACAACUGAAAGUGAAACGGUACAAACGACAAGUUCCACUCCUCCUUGCCACACCCAGGGAAGAGCCAUACCUCGACCGACUAUCGCUACAUUGCCCAUCAUAUCGCCACAGUUCCCUAGAUACCGUUCGGAACAAGCAGCAUCUAAUCUCUUGACGACCGUGAGUGAUCCAGGUCCACAGAAUGUGCUCCACAAAGAGCCACGACCAUUUAUAGUGGAGGAUUCGAGUCGCAGAUCUGACGUAGCAUACUCAACAAGAACAGUGCCGCCUUCAAAACCUACAGUGCCACCUGAUUUUUUCAACAGAUUACCGACAGCUCAGAUCAGGCCAACAACGACGGCAGUUUCGGGUUCUAGACCUCAAGAGAGACCCAGCCCGGCUGCAUCAAAUUCACAGCCAGUCACAUCAUGUGUGAAGUUGGGUGGGAAAUGCCUAGAAACUGCUGCAACGAAACCGCAGCCAUCUGCAUUCGCUCCAUUGGCUAACACUCCAGCUCAGGCGGAGCGCGUUCCCACUUUUCGCCCGCCUUCAUCGACCUUAAGAUCCACUACAGUUCCUGGUGACAAUGACGUCCAGCCGGCCGCCGCUCAGAACGACGACGCCCGCGUACUUCCAGACAACACCGAAGAGCACGGGCACGACCACCACGAUCACCACCAUCACCACCAUAGUGGCAACAUUUGUGAUGAUCCAUUCCACAGCUUCCUCUGCGAGCCGACGAAGCCAAGGCGACGUUUCGACGGGCGACCACAGACCUCUGGAACUCCGAGAAGGAUUCCAGAUAUAGCAGGAGGGUCACCACGCUCGGGAAGCUCGCCGCUGGAAGGAGCUGGCUCGUUCCUCAGCUCUGCCACCCUGGCGCUUCCCUCUUCAGACGCUUCCAGAUCUGUGAAAGCAGGCAGUGAAGGUCGAUACUCGCAGGAGAAGCCACCCACAUUUGAUGAAGCACUUCCAGCAGCAGCUCAACAGCAGGAAGUGGUCGGUUACUUGUAUCCCAAACCUGCCGCCCCUCUCCAAUACCCUGGGGAUUCAAUUCGCAAUAGUUUACCUUUACAACAGAGAAACAUAUUCCCAGCAGCUCAAUAUUUCCAAGCAGAAAGCGCCAACGACAUCCGUUCGAUUGCAAAAUCUCGUCCGUCUGUUGGUGCAGGUAUAAAGAGGGACACGCUGAGUGCAGCAGGUGGUUCUAGUACUGAUGAUGCCACCGGCGGUCGUGAAAGUUCUGAAACGUCGUUGGUACACUCCUCAAGUAGCGACAGCCAACCCUCGAGAUGGUCAUGGGCGCAGACGGUGGCCUAACAAGCAAUCGUCGGACAUGCGAGUGAAAUACGUAUAUAGUUCCUCGUAGCUUCUUGGAUAUUACUCUCAAGAAGAUCUGGUGAUGUAAGCUAUGUGCUCUAGGCAGAAAAUGUGACAGCGUAACCAGCUAAGAGUAGAGCUACGCGAUGCUGAUUUUGUAUUACAGGUGACUUUCCCGCGCCCAAUUCAUCUAUACUAUUAUCUCCGUGCCAAACACUUUGUACAAUGAGCGCCGUGUCACACAAAAUGGAGACCAUACAAUUACAAUGGAAAGUAGCUGUUUUCUUUAGGUUCUGCUACCGUUUUUUAUCCUCUCAUACAGAUUUUCAGGUUCCAUUGUAGUGUCGCAACUCAAAGUCGAAAUCAAAUGCAAGGAAAGUGUAAAAGGCACAGUAAUGGAAUCUGCAUUGUAAAAGUGAGAUUAAUCUCACUUUCAGAGACAUUACUUGGAUACAAGAGCUUGUUUUCAGCUACACUUCUCUGAUUAAUCAUAUAAUAUUCGUAAACAUACUCUUUGUGUAUUUCAGUUAAUGGUUUGUGUACAGACCAAACUAAUGCGAUCGAAAAAUAUACAAAUUGAUAGGUAUAUACUGAAGUGCAGAUAUUUUUAUUGAUGACUGAGGACAGUGAACUGAACUAUAUUACAUUACUAUUUACUUCAUUUGUCGACGAAUAAUUAUAGCCAUUAGGAGUAUUAUGUUUUUAGGUUGGUUAGUACCUCCAAGUACCAGCGUCAAGAGCAAGCCAUUAAUGUUAUUCCCCCAUGGGCAGCAGUUCGUAUGCUGAAGUAUAGACGCAAAACGGUUAAUUUAUACUGGCAGGUUUAAUGCAUUUAGUACAGCAAUUAAGAACCUGCGGAAAACAUCAGGUAGUGGUGUGUUUGAAGGAAGCGUGUUAGAAGCAGACAAAAGCAACUAACAAUCUGAAGUGGAUACAUAUCAAGGUACCAAUGAGCACAAUAUCUGCACAUUUUGCUCUAACACCCUGUAUUUAUAAACCACCAUGUGAAGCCACGAAGACUGAAGCUUAAGCUUUACCGUACUAGAGUACGAUUCAUUCAGAAAAGGAAAAAAAGUGACAGCUUUAAAACAUAACUGAGCCUCCGUGUCAAAUGUACAUUAAUUUAUAAAAUUUCUGUCUGCGCCAUAUUUUUCACGUUUUACUAAUUGUAGCUGUAUGGGGAGCGUUUAAUUGUAUCAUGCAGAUUGCUUUCAGUUAGAUCAAGAGCAGAAAAAUUAAUUUGUAAGGAUCCUCUACCUUCUACAACGAGAACUCGAGCUCAUUCCUGUAACUCUAAUAGUUAGAUCGUACAGUUAUGUACAAUGUUUACUGAAAAUGUGACGAAUGACUUAUUUUUAACUUUAAUUUUGUAUUUAGUAUUGAGGAGUAUUCUUGCUGAAGUACUCCUAGUGUCAACACUGUGUUUGUAUUUAUGGAAUUGUGGAAUUUUGUACAGGAUGUCUGGACCAUGUUCCACAAAGGAUAAAUGAUAAAUUCAACUAAAAUAACUGUUCAGCAUAGUUGUGAACAGCACAGGCUAUUGAAAUACAUGUUUUCGAGAAAGGGGAAAACACUACUGGAAGGGAUUGGGUAUUAAUCGAAUUUAUCAUUUCAUUUGUUCUAAAUGAACAUGCUAUUACUUGUCUAACGUUCAGAAUAGUUUCAGUAGUUGUGUUUGAAAGAUAUUACACUUUAAUAUCUUCUGUCAUCUGUACUCGUAAGACUUUAAUAUAGUUACCAUGUAUAUACAAAUGAAAUGUAAAUAUUGUAACAAUAACUGGAUCAUGCCAGUACAUUAUUCACUAUAAUUCUGUACAUUAUGAAGGCAUGUCAACAUUG